AUGGCUGAACCAGAAAAAGCAGAAAUGACAUGCAAGCCGGAAUCGAGCUGCAGCGGAGGGUGUCGUCGCCGACCCAUUGCCCGGACGCAUCCUGCUGCUCCAGAAACUUCGCCCGGAGCCACUGCUAACGAUAUAACAAUUGUUAUGGGUGAUUGUUCGGACAGUAAUUCUGCUCCAACUUCGCCAGAAACUUCUGCUCCCGGCACAUCAGCGACAUUCGGUGGAGCUCAGCAAAACUGUGGUACUGCAGCAGAUUUGGACACUACAAAUGCAGCAGCUGCUGCUGCAGCAGAAGCAGCACUGGGUGUAUCGGAUAGUGGCGCUUCGGCGGCUAAAACGCCUCGUCGCUGGGAGCAGUGGAAUUACGCCGAAAUCGAUGCAUUUUAUGAUGGACUGAAGCAGUUUGGCAAGGAUUUCGAGCAAGUUGCAAAGCUUAUGACAAGGAGAAAGGUUGCAACGAAGGACAAAGAUCAGAUCCGAAAUUACUAUUUCAAUUCACUGAAAGUGUUUAGGGCGACCGCUGAGUUUGGCAAGGAUUUCGAGCAAGUUGCAAAGCUUAUGACAAGGAGAAAGGUGGCUACGAAGGACAAAGAUCAGAUCCGAAAUUACUAUUUCAAUUCACUGAAAGUGUUUAGAGCGACCGCUGAGGUGGAUGCACAUACAAUAGCAGAUCUACCACGAGAUGCGCGUGAAUUGUUUAUUGUUAUCAAUGGAUUUGAAAUGAGGCGGAAAGUUUGCGGCAAAUUUGAUCCGGUGAAAUUGCGGCAACUUAUCAUGGAUGGGUCAGUUUGA